CCAAGAACUCAGAGGCUCCAGCGACAUUCUACCGCAAAGGAACGCAAUCAGGGCGUCCACCCAUCUGCAAAGCGCUGGUCAUUCUGGAACAUGCGUCGCGCCUCACAAAAUCUACGACUGCCAACGGCACCCGGUACCCCUGACACCCUCAAACGCAUUGGAACAGCCACCACAACAGGCAGUCAUGGCACCUUGGCUGAAGUUCGGAGAGCAUUGUCUGGGAAACGCGUACAAGCGCAUCAAGCUGAGUUGCUACGGUUCCAAGCACCACCGUUACCAUUGCCGCCCAAGAUUAUUGCCAGGGAACAAGGUUUUGCUAGUGUCGGCAGUAUUCCACUUCUGAUGGAUGUUGGGCAAUCGUCAUUGCAGUAUAUUGUACCAAAGGGCCAAGUUCAUUCACCAAAGAUACAAGAAGAUCGACCACAAUUUGUGGUCAAAAAGGCAGCACCUCUCGCAAAGGAACCAGCACUGCAGAUACCGUCUUCCCUGCCAUCGCUGCAUGCACCUGGUGUCAUUUCACAUCCCAUCAUGGUGAAUAAGGCCGAGCCUGUCUUAUUUCCAGAUGUACCGCCUCGUUCACCACCGCAACCCCCUUUGCCACCAUUGCCACCUAAACCGUACAGCACCGACACUGUUGGCCGUUGGUCUAUCGUCUCUGACGAAGCAGCACUCGAACUUCUAGUGCAAUCUCGGAAAGCACUUGCCCAGCUCGAUGCAGCUUCAGACUCAGCAGCAUCUCUGAAUAGCUCCUUGCAUCGAGCGCGGUGCGAGGCAGUCUUAUCACAUUAUCGGCCCCUAUCCUCAGUUUACUCAAGUAGCCAUGCAAGCAGUAUUGUCAGUAAUGUGAGCUCACCGCAAGAGAUAAGUGCGACCGACAGUGACACACUUGCUGACACGCCGGAUCGUGACUUUGAUUUUGGUGAGUUUUAUGGGCAAGAAGUUGGUGAUAGGGAAGAUGGGCGCGAAUCUUAUUAUGAGUAUCAGUUUGAAGAAGGUUUAACGACUGCGAAUGAGGUUGAUGUUCGACUGACAAGGAUCAGUGAAGCACCAUCCAUCUUGACGAAUGAAACGGGGAAGCCCUGGUACCGUUGGCACUGACUUGAGCACGCUGGGUGCCAACGGCAGCCUGGAUUCUGUCAUUGAUAUCGCCAAUCUUCAGCAUCUUCGCAUUGGGCAAAGAUGAGCGACUUGUCUCCAGUGCCGAGAACCCAGUAGCACUU